AGCUCUCGGCAUCCUUCCGGCAUCCUUCCCCUAGCCUAGCCCUACGAGUUCUCCCCUCAUACAUCAGUCCCCGCACGGGGCAUCGGCUAGCCUACUUGCGACGAUAAUGCAGCUUGGGAGGACGAGCAAAGGAGCAAUUACACACUUACGGGGAGGAGGCGCACCACAUUGGCUGCCGUUGGGACUGCCUGUGUUCACGGCUUUGCAGCACCCUUCGACGCAUAAAGUCUGCCGCCCCAGCCCUCCUUCGGACGUUUGUUUCACCCACCGAUGAUGCGCCUCGAUCAGAUCGCAUUGGACCAAAACGCGACACAUACCCUCACGCCCUCCGCUGACCACCCUAAGUGGUCCAAUCACCCUUCGUCCUACUUCAUAUAGGACUAGAGGGUACACGACAUCUCAGCAUGGCGGCGUCGAUGUACCUCAACGAUGAUGAACGAUUCGACCUUCCCAUACGCUUCCCAGUGGGCUCUAGCGAAUCUGCAUACAGUGUCACUGGCGUAGGUUCGCAGCGUGUCACGGCACCCCAGCAUGACUCUUGGUCACAGCAUGAUACUCAUCUCGAAAUCCCUCCGCCUUCCGAACAUCACGCCAACAACGAGCCCCCACCCGUACACUCGCACGCAUACUCCAGCCAAGGUCUACUACUACUACAACACGCAGACAGCUCAGGCAGCCGCCUGCCAUCAGCUAAUUCGCAACAUGGUCUGCAGGUGGCUGAUGCAAACACACCCGAGGAACCUGUCUCUCCUUCGUCUGCGCCGCUAUUCUCGAUCCCCAACAAACUUCAAUGCGAACAAUGCCCUGUGUUGUUCAAUGGUAACGACAGAAAAAACAACCUCGCGCGACACGUACGGAAUAAACACACGUUGGCCAACGUGAGCACCUUCAGGUGCACUAGGUGCAACAAAGUAUGCGGUCGCAAGGAUGCCUUAUUGAAGCACGAGCGCAAGUGCCAGCCAGGCCUACAUUCUGAUCCCGUCAAGAGAAAGAAGGACAAAAAGGCCACUGCUACAACUCCAUCACGCAAAGCCAACAACCGCUUCACCCCCCGUCGCCCACCAGCCAAGAGGCCUGCCCCAACCAAUGUCGUCUCGGCACCGCAGACCCCUCGAACGCACGCGCCCACGGUGUUUGCGACCCAGACCUCGUUCACUGUGCCGGACCUACAGCAAGCACCAGGCAUGGGCCCGCUUGCACUCGACUUUUCAAAUAUUCAUACAUCAGCACAUACAGACCAUGAACCCUCAGUUGCCAAUGUCUGGGGUGUUGGAAACUGGGUACCGACUCCCUCCGGACCGUCUGAUCCUGCAGCAGGCGAGGACCAAGCCUUCAAGCAACUCCAUUACGCUAUGCAGCAAGCCGUAGAGGCGGUGCCAUCUCACCAAGCUGCCGAUCCCUUCCUCUAUCUUGGUCAGCAUAGACUUGCACCGUACAAUGCGGCCCAACAGGAGGGCUGGCCGUCGCCACAGCAUCUGCAUCCUCCUUACCCUGCCCAGGGUUACAGACGCCCGCUUUCGCCAACCUAUGUAAGCGUAUGUCUUGAGUCGACGGAUCUGAGCACACUACCAAGCAACAACGUUUUCGACGCCGCCUCUUCAUCGUACUUCCCUCUGACAUACCCAUACAAUGGACCGACCUCUGUGCACGGCUCAGUAGAUCCCGCCCAUCGCAGCCCUCUAGCAUCGCCGAUCUCAUUUCAUUCAACAUCGCUACACUCCGCAGCAUCGCCUUAUGGUACGCAUCAUAACAUCCCAUCUGCCCAAGGUUCGCCUCCAGGGCAUCAUUGCCAGGCUAUUCCGAAUUCUGAUGCAAGCUUUAUCUACAGUCAAGAGGAUGAGGACUUAUUGACAGAUCUAUUUACUUGGUCCCCACCGCUGUAAGAAGAUCUGGGGUAGCAAAAUUGGAGCGGUCAUUAAGUAGCGUUUCGUACCACCUCAUUCAAGAAACGGAGAAGGUGCUCUGCAGUCUACAUCGGUAUAAAACAAAGAUUAAUGAGAUCACGAAGGCAAUGUAGACUUUUAGCUUAGCUGGCAGGUGUUCACUUUU